AUGUCGAUGUACCCCAUGGAAUAUCCAGAUGAGAUCAAUCACCCUUGGCACCCUCAACACCCUCUCCGGAUCAUCGAGCUUGAGUCAAUAUCUGAUGUUAUAUGUCGAUCAUGUGGAAAACAAACACAAGAGAAAGAGGAAGAGGAGGCUAAGGAGACGAGGUGUUAUGGUUGCACCACAUGUGGUGAUUUUGACGUGCAUCUUGAUUGUGCAAAGAACCCACCACCACUUGUUGUUGACCAAACCAAGAUCCAUAAGCAUCCCCUGACGCUCCUCCCCAGAGAGGUCUCCUUCAUUUGCAACGCAUGUGGAACCAAAGGCAAAGCAUCUCCUUAUGUAUGUCUAUCAUGUUGUUUCAUGAUACAUAUAGAUUGCAUCAACCUCCCCCGUGUCAUACGCAUCAACCAUCAUCCCCACCGUGUCUCUCACACUCUCUCGCUUCCCUCCGACUUGAAGUUGAACUGUCAAGUUUGUCAUAAGGGCAUUGACUCUAGAUAUGGGGCCUAUUCUUGUCUCGAGUGUCCUACUUUUCACGUUCAUGUAGGAUGCGCAACAAUAAGAAACGUGUGGGACGGCGUUGAACUCGAUGGGGUUCCCGGAGAGAAAACACCUCCUCCUCCGUUCAACGUGACUAGCGAAGACAGGAUCAAACAUUUCAGCCACGAGGAGCAUGAGCUGAGACGCAUCACCGAUGAUUGUGAUGACCACAAUGCACGCUGCUACGCGUGCAAUCUUGAUGUCUUUACCGAACCUUUUUACAAAUGUGUUGAAUCGCUUUGCGGUUUCAUUCUUCACGAAGAAUGCGCUAAGCUUCCCCGUGAAACGAGGAGCCCCAUCCAUCGACACACACUUACUCUUCACUACGAGGAAGUCACUGAUAUUUUCCCUUGUAAAUCUUGUUGUCACGUUUCCAACGGUUUCAGAUAUUCUUGUUCCCAGUGCCGCUUCCUCCAUUUCGAUUCAAAAUGCGUCUCAGUCACUGAACGGCUUCUCCGUGGAGGUCAUCGCCAUCCGCUUUAUUUUAAAUUCGACUACAGAACAUGCUGUGCUUGCGAGCAAAUCAAACUUACUCCUGUAAGCUGUGGAGACUGUAGAUUCGCGUUGUGCUUCGAGUGUGCCACGUUACCUAAAAGAAUACGUUACAAAGACGAUGCGCAUCUACUUUCGCUCAACAACGAUGGAAAAUUAUCUGAAGAUCUACAAAAAAAUUGGUGCGACAGCUGCGAAACGCAAGUAAAUCCUCUCAAGAUCUUCUACGAGUGUAGGAGCUGUCGAACAGCUGUUCAUACUAGCUGCGCAAGAGGAGGAGAUUUAAGAAAUAUGAGAGUCGGAUCUAAAUUCCAAUUUGUGGACCAAUUCCAAGUGGUUGCCACCGAUCAACUAAAACUACGGCGUUGCAACUUUUGCGAACGUCAUCACGAGGGUCCUGCAAUGUUGACGAUUUUAUCUGAUGAGGGAAAUAUCAUUCCUUACUGCUCUUAUUAUUGUCUCGAUAGGAUAGUUUUUUUUGUUCAAUAUUGUAUGCUUCGGAAUUAG